AUGUCCAAGGUGGCCACGUGUCCCGCAUGUAGGGGUCUUAUGGUCCAAUCACAACAAAUACAUGCAACGCAGUGUCCCUCCUGUGAUAGAAAGAGACCUCUGUUGACUUAUGACUUUGACGAGAGCCACCAUGCCGUUUGUCAGCAGGCACCUGCGAGAAAGAAGCUCAAAAGCAAGAGCUUAGCAUGCACACCAUCGAAAGGCACGGCAGCAAUAUACAGGCCUGAAGAAAUAGAAGAGUGGAUUAAAGAACGGAAAGAAGCAUAUAAAAAAAAAAUUCUAAAAACAGGCGGUCCUGAAAUGUUGGAUGAGGAAGCCCCGCUUGAAACUCCGAGCUCUGAACAUCCCGAAGUAAAUCUAAAUCGUUCAAACUCUAAUCAAAAGGAAACUCAAGAGAAACAUGCAGAGGCCCAACAUUUUGUGGAAAAUUUGUCUGAAAAUCAUACGGUGACCACAGGCGAGGAACCCUCAUUGUUCCCCGAAAAUCAGCUAGAAUUUUUGCUUUUAAUACUCCGAUGGCUGGCAUAUAAAUCUCGAUUUCCAUCUCAAAGCUAG